CGUCGGAGCGGGAGCGAUGGGGCUGGGGCAGAACUCCGCCGUGCGGGUUGAAUGGAUUGCUGCAGUCUCCUUAGCUGCUGGAGCAGCUGCUGUUGGGUACCUAGCUUACAAAAAAUUUCUCUCUAAAGACAAAUGCUGCAAUGCAAUGGUGAAUCCCCAUAUCCAGAAGGAUAACCCCAAGGUAGUCCAUGCAUUUGAUAUGGAAGAUCUGGGAGACAAGGCUGUGUACUGUCGUUGUUGGCGAUCUAAGAAGUUCCCGCUGUGUGAUGGCUCUCACACAAAGCACAACGAGGAAACUGGCGACAACGUUGGGCCUCUGAUCAUCAAGAGGAAGGAGGCGUAGAGUGGACAGUAGAAGCUACAAAAUGAAUGUCUGACAAAUCCUCUGCUCACUUGUAAUUGGGGGAAAAACCACAAAUUCUUUGUCAUGUCACUGAAGACUUUCCAGUGUAGUGUAUACAUCAGGCUUCAGCACGUGUAUUUUCUCUGGUGCUUGUCUUGUUUUAAUCACUACAAUGCAUAAUUUACUAAAUAGUCAUGGUUUAAAUUUUUUGUCCUGUAAAGUGUGUGUACCCUCUCAUUGAGUAUGGAACUAAAAUGACGCACGGAAUGUACUUCAUCAGAAAAUAGGUAUUAUUUUCAAAUACAUGUGUACUACUCUGAGGCUAUUCAGUAGAACGUGUGUUCAAAAGGUAGAUCCUGAAAUCCUGGAGAGGUUCUAAAGUCACAGGUCUGGAUAGAUUUCUAUGUUAAAGGCAGCUGCAGGAAAGAAAUUGUGGUGCCAAAAUGCAGUUUAACCUCUGACUGUGCUGCAUUUUCUGCAGGUGUCACGUUUGGCCUAUUACACUACUGUUCUGUGUGGCUUCCGUAAAAGAAUGAAUUCAAAAUUGCGAACUAUGAACAGACAACAUAAAAGGCUUAUAGCAAGAUGGGGCUAAAGGGCAACUUUACCUUUGAUUUUACAGCAAUGUUGAAACUUGACCCUACUGCUGUAUGGUAUCAAGAACAUACUACUGGAACUGCAGACCUGUAUUUAGAGUAGGAUUAGGAAGAUGGUCUCUCUGAGAGCUUUCUUAAUAAAGUGGAAUGAUACGAAGUGCUCAAAGAGUGAUGGGCAGGGGGUGGCAGGGUUGUCUUUGCUGCUAGAAAGCCUUAGUUUCACUUGCAGUCUCUCGCAGUGAAGCUAACUUCCCCAGACCACAGGACAC